CGAAAUUUAGUUAUAUUCCAUACUCCGGAACGUGCAAUGACAUCUUUAUUACAUAUCGUACGUAUAGAUUAUAUUAAAAUUUUAAUUCUAAGGCGCUUUAAUAUCUGUCUGUCAGUAGUAUGUAAAACCUGGGCCUUGUGCUGUGCUAUAUGUAGGAUAUAUGUAAUUUCAGAAUGAUCCCUUUGAAAAAUUGCUAAUCCUAGUAGUUUGGAAAUAUUUUGAUCAUUUUCUGAUUUCCAAAAAGACAGAUAUUACAUGCUCAGUUUGGCGUGAGUUCAGUCAGUAAUCACGGUCAGACUGAUGUGAAACUGAUCUUACUAUGCGUUGAUAGAUUGGUCGUGUAAAUUGUAUCAGUUUCCCGUCACUCUUCAGUUCAGUGCUCGACAUGGAGUCACAGCGGAAAGACGCUUCGUCAUAGGCCGUUGAAAACCGAAAAAGAUUUCAUAAUUACAUUUGAAACGUUGACAAUUUUAUGGGAUAAAACAUCACGUAAACAAAUACAAGAGGAAUGAAGCUCUGCAAGAACUUUUGGUGAUAUAUGAAAAAAUCAAGCCCCAGGCUACCUUGGAUGAUGUUAAAAAGACGAUAGAUACAUUUAGAUCCAACUACCGUCGCAAAACUGAAAAAGAUAGAAUUGUCUCGAAGAUCUGGAGCUGAGACAGAUGAUAUUUAUACGUCCAAGAGUUUGAAUAUCUCCAUGUUUAGAACAAAUUUAGAAAACCUCAGUUGUAGUAUCGGCUGGCUAAACACGCUUUUUCGAUUUGCCUUCGUAUAGAACGAUGGAAGAUUUCAUGGUCUUAAAACUCUCUUGGCACACUCAAUGCAAAUAUACGGAGUUGGUAAAUGUCCUGUAGACACUGGAUUAUUUUAACUCCCGCCUCCGCCUGUUGUAAACUAUCUAGCAUGACUGGGAUCACCACAAAUAUAGCUUGUUGAUGAAGUUCAUUAUCAAAAGUCAGUCUAAUCGCAAAGGUUGAGAAAAAUAAGUAAGUUCGCGACAUGUUUGCGAAAGUUCUUAUUUUGCUCGUGGUGUGCUUGGUUCACCACAGUACCUCGAAAUCAUCAACAGAUUCAGGGUUCUACAAACAGUAUCAACCAUUUGUCUGUGAAAGACCUGGAAAUUUUGAAAAUCCCACUGACGUUUCAUGUAAAACGUUUUAUCAGUGCUCCGCAGCUUCUGGAACUCCUAUUCCAUUCACUUGUCCGAUCGCUACCAAUUUUGAUCCAGACCUUCAAACAUGCAGCCUUACUUAUGCUUGUCCCACGCAUUAUAGGAAAAGGACCAGUAAAACAUCCACUUUGGUGACAAGAUCCUUGAGUGGUGAAUAUCCGGUAGACCAGGAGAUGGAGAAGAAAAAACGCGAGAAACUCAACCAAUAACUAGUUGCAUAUCGAGAUAGUACAAUAACUCAUAUUAUUAAACUAAAAUAAUUGAAAAAAUCGAAGUACUUACCACCAGCAGCAUCGAAAGUUUGCAGGUCAUCAAAAGUUGUUCACCUUUCAAAUGCACAUCAGAGGGUAUAUUCGAGGAUCCAGAUACAUGCGGGAAAUAUUACGUAUGCAACAAGUUCUUUGGAACCUACGUAAAAAAUCACAGCCCUUGUCCACUUUUUGCUGGAUUUGACCCCACGUACAAGAUGUGCAGCUUUGCAAAGAUCUGCUUCCCGUUAAUGGACCAGUGCACACCGCAGGUUGUUCAAAGUGAAGAAGAGGCGUGUACAUAUGUAGGCUAUCCUGAGUAUUUCCACUGCACCAGAGCCGGACUAUUUCGAAAUCUCAAUGACGUCUCAUGUAACACAUACCAUCACUGCAAAUAUACAGAAGCGGGAACACUUAUUAAAGAAACGUACCAGUGUCUCGGGAGUUCAAAGUUCAAUCCUCAUGCCAAAAAAUGCGAUCGGAACUAUCAGUGUCCUUGCAAUGGAACUGCAGCAGCUGGUAACACAGAGAAUCAACUUGCAAUAAACAACCAGUUAGAUCAAGACACUAAUGGUACAGUAGCAACCAAAGAAUACGACGAUGUAUACGAAAGAAAUGAUUCCUUAUACAUGUUAUCCGCAAUGCGCGAUAAUAUGUUACAGUUUUCUGAUGAUAAAUCUGGUUAUCAGCCAAACAUUGCAGUUGAUUUAUCAAAAACAUCAAAUGAUAGAGAAGAUCUCUCGGAAUUCUCAUUCGAAUCGUUACAUCUCAAUUCUAGUUUGACUAGCUUUUCUGUAUGCAAUCCCAGUAUGAUUCAAAAUUUUCAAUGUAUUGCAAAAGGACGAUUUCAGGACCAGAAUGACCUGUCUUGCCGAAGUUACUUUCUUUGUAACCUAUUACGGAACGGGUCGUUCGUGAAGACUAAGUACGUUUGUCCACAGUCGUCGAGGUUUAACCCAAAUCUUGGAAUCUGCGAUGCGCACCACGAGUGCCCCUGUGAUGGUAGGCAGGCUACUACUACGAGUAAAGAAGGUCUAUGUCUGUAUGAAGAGGAUCCUGAUUACUUUGCUUGCAACAGAAAGGGACGAGUUGAAAACUUGAAUGAUCUCACAUGCCAAAGCUAUUUCCUUUGCAAUCAAUUGAGGAAUGGUUCCUUUGUAAAGACCAAAUAUCUAUGCCCAAAGAAUUCCUAUUUCGAUCCCGUUUUGGGUAUCUGCAGUACAGACUAUAGUUGCCCUUGCAAUGGUCAUACAACAACAGUUCUGCCUUCCACAACAACAUACGAAACAACCAAAACAACAUCCAAGACAACCACGGGAAGGGUAUGUAGCUAUGAAGAAGCUUCAGAAUACUUGUACUGUAACAGGAAAGGAAGAUUUGAGAAUCUCAACGAUCUAACAUGUCAAAGUUACUACCUCUGUAAUUUGCUGAGAAAUGGCUCAUUCAUAAGGACAAAGUACCCUUGCCCACAAGGUUCAUAUUUCAACCCUUCGUCAGGUUUGUGUGAUACCCGCUAUACGUGUCCUUGCAAUGAAGAUACAGAUACAUCUUCAUCUAGUACUGCUGAGGCAUCUACAAUUCCAACAACUUCAGAUAGAACCACGGAAGCUGAUGACCAGCUGCCAACUGAAGAGCCCUUGUGUAACUACCAAAGAGACCCAGACUAUUUUACUUGCACCAACAAAGGGAGAUUUGAGAACCUUAAUGAUUUAGGCUGUGAAAGCUAUUUUCUGUGCAACUUAUUGAGGAAUGGUUCCUUUGUAAGGACGAAAUAUCCUUGCCCAAAGAAUUCCUAUUUCAAUCCUGUUUUGAGUAUCUGCAGUACAGCGUAUAAUUGUCCUUGCAAUGAUCAUACAACAGCAGCUCCGCCUCCCACAAGAACGGAUGAAACAACUAAAACAACUCCUAAAACAACCACGGGAAGAGCAUGCAGUCAUGAAGAAGCUUCAGAGUACUUUAAUUGUUACAGGAAAGGGAGAUUUGAGAAUCUCAACGAUCUAACAUGUCAAAGUUACUACCUCUGUAAUUUGCUGAGAAAUGGCUCAUUCAUAAGGACAAAGUACUCAUGUCCAAAAGGUUCACAUUUCAACCCUUCUACAAGUUUGUGUGAUACCCGCUAUACGUGUCCUUGCAAUGAAGAUACAGAUACAUCUUCAUCUAGUACUACUGAAGCAACAACAAUUCCAACAAGUUCAGGUACAACCACUGAAGCUGAUGACCAGCUGCCAACUGAAGAGCCUUCGUGUAACUACCAAGGAGAUUCAGACUACUUUACUUGCACCAACAAAGGAAGAUUUGAGAACCUCAAUGACUUGGGUUGUGAAAGCUAUUUUCUGUGCAACCUAUUGAGGAAUGGUUCCUUUGUAAGGACAAAAUAUCCAUGCCCAAAGAAUUCGUAUUUCGAUCCUGUUUUGAGUAUCUGCAGUACAGAGUAUAAAUGCCCUUGUUAUGGUCAUACAACAACAGUUCCGGCUUCCACAAGAACGGAUGAAACAACUGAAACAGCUACGAAAACAACCUCGGGAAGAGCAUGCAACUAUGAAGAAGCUUCAGAGUACUUUAAUUGUUACAGGAAAGGGAGAUUUGAGAAUUUCAACGAUCUCACAUGUCAAAGUUACUAUCUUUGUAAUUUGCUUAGGAAUGGCUCAUUCAUAAGGACAAAGUACCCAUGUCCAACAGGUUCAUAUUUCAACCCAGCUUCAAGUUUGUGUGACACUCGCUAUAAGUGUCCUUGCAAUGCAGAUACAGAUACAUCUUCAUCUAGUACUACUGAAGCAAUUACAAUUCCAACAAGUUCAGGUACAACCACUGAAGCUGAUGACCAGCUGCCAACCGAAGAACCUUUGUGUAACUACCAAAGAGACCCAACUUACUUUACUUGCACCAACAAAGGAAGAUUUGAGAACCUUAAUGAUUUAGGCUGUGAAAGCUAUUUCUUGUGCAACUUAUUGAGGAAUGGUUCUUUUGUGAAGACAAGGUAUUCCUGUCCAAAGGGUUCUAGAUUCAACCCUUCCGUAAGUUUAUGUGACGACAGAUACGCCUGCCCUUGUGAAAGUCACACAUCUAUACUUCCAUCUAGUACUACUGAUGCAUCUACAGCUUUAAUAAUUACCACCAAUAGAAUAACGGAGGCUACCUCCACUGAAGGAGGUAUAACGGCCAGUACUGAAGGACACACUUGCAGGUACGCUGAAGAUCCAGACUACUUUGUUUGUGCAGAUAAAGGAAGGUUCGAAAACCUGAACGAUGUAGAGUGCCACAGCUAUUUCUUAUGUAAUUUGUUGAGUAACGGAUCUUACAUAAGAACAAUAUAUAAUUGCCCCAUUGGAUCAAGAUUCAAUCCAUCUUUAGGUAUAUGUGAUACAGAAUAUAAUUGUCCUUGCAGCAAUCAAGCUACAGCAACUGCAGCUAUUGCAUCUAGCACCACGACAACAUCUAGCGGCAAAGAAUCAGAUAUAAGCACUACCGAGGCUAACGUCAGCACACCUGCCUAUACUCAAAGUACUACUGAACCCAGAUGUGUCUACGAAGAAAUCGAAGAAUACUUCCAUUGCUCUAAAGAAGGAAGAUUUGUUAAUUUGAAUGAUCUGUCAUGUAGUAGUUACUAUUUAUGCAAUCUUUUGAGAAAUGAGACGUUCAUAAAAACAAAAUACCCAUGUCCAAAAGGAUCCAGAUUUAACCCUAAUCUGAGCGUCUGCGAUACAAGCUACACCUGCCCUUGUGAGAACCGAAGUGUAGUUACAACUGAAUCUAGCACUGAAGUAUCAUCCACAGAAGCUCCUACACCUCCAUGUUCAACAUCGGCUCCAACUCAAAGAACCUGUGAAUACGAAGAGGAUCCUGAUUACUUCACUUGCACCACAAGUGGAGCAUUUGAUAACCAGAAUGAUCCAACUUGUCAAACUUAUUUCCUGUGCAGUUUGUUAAGAAAUUUGACGCUUUUGAAGACAAAGCACUCAUGUCCAAGUGGGUUUUUCAAUCCGUAUUCAAGCGUAUGCGAUAGCAGUUUCAUAUGCCCAUGUGCUUCUUCUGGAAUAACUACAUCUAUCACACCUGAUAACACUGAGUCAGGUUCAUUUCUCAAAGCUACUGUGACACCUGAUAGAACAUGAGGAUACACUGAGGACCCGGAAUAUUUUGAAAACAGUGUUCAAGGUAGAUUCAGGAAUCUAAACGAUGUAACUUGUCAAAGCUACUUCUUGUGCAACCUACAGAGCAAUGGAUCUUAUGUAAAAACCAAAUAGGUGUAUCCUAGUUCUUCAUACUUCAACCCCUCACUAUGCUUAUGUGAUACCACAUACGUGUGUCUAUGUACCCAUAAAACAGGAACAUCUUCAUCGAUGCACUAAUCACUGAGUGGACUACAGAGUGCAUAUAUACGAAUGACCCAAGCUAUUUUUAAUGUUCGUCUAAAGCAAGGUUCAUCAACAGAAACUAUAUGGCCUGCCAGAGCUACUUUUUAUGCAAGUUACUGAGAAAUGGUACCUUUGUACAGACCAAGUAAAGUUGCCCAAAGUCGUCAAAACUCAAUCCAUCUUUAGGAGUAUGUGAUACAACUUAUAGCUGUCCAUGUGAGAGCUUCUCAACAGAAACGCUGUAGUUUUUUUUUUUUUUUAGUGGUGCUAGGGGGACCGGGAGGUGGAAUCCAUUUUACGGACCCCAUACGCCGUGGUUCCAGCGCGCAUGGGAGUGUGGGACUCCAGCUACAUUCUAGUAGACUGACUACCCACUAAACCACCUCCUCUGGCUCGCGACUACAUCCGGUAGCACCACUUGUUGCGGCAUGUCUUCAGAUGCAUUCGCAGCGGAUAUGCUCGUUUCUUCUGCUAGUGCAAGAUGUCGUCCCUGCGCUUUGCGUUCAUUACAUUACGAACGAACCUCUGUAUUGUGUUCCAGUUCUCCUUACUUUUCAUCAUGAGUAUGGUGAUGCUUCUGCUAUUGACCUCCGCACCGAUAACUGACUCUGUAUUGCUCCUUCAUGCGGCCCAUCUUUGACACGCAAAGAUUGUGUGCUCCGGGGAGUCCUCCUCUCCGCAAUAACCGCAGAUGCUGCCCUCCGUGAUUCCCAUUCUUUUGGUGUAAUCCCCAAAGUAUCCAUGGCCCGAUGGAAACUGGGUCAAGUAGAAGUCUAGCCUUCGAUGUUUACAGCUAACCCACUGUCUUACGUCCGGAGAGUCUUGCUCCACAUUGCCGUCUCUGAGUGGUCGCUCCACACACGCUGCCAUUUCUCCAAAGUCAUGCUUCUUUCCAGCAACCUGGUAAUACGAAGCUUAGCAUCAUCCCUGCUGUACAGGCGGAGCCUUUCCUCUAUGAGCAGAGUGACUGGGGGUAUUCCAGCUAUUACUUGAGCGGCCAUAGUGGACAUUGUUCUGUAGCCGCUCGAUAUCCGCAGCAAAGUCUUCCUCUGGAUACUCAAGAGCAUUUGUCUAUAUCUCUGGACUUGGACCACACGGUGCCAUACAGGAGCUGCGUACAGGACCACGGAGUGGAUUACCUCACAAAUGACCGUCCUUUUAGGACUACUUGGACCUCCUAUAUUUGGUAGUAUUCUUGAUAGCUGGGCCAUCCUAGCAUCUACCUUCCUGAUGACUUGACGAACGUGCUCUCCAAACUUUAAGUUGCCAUCUAACACGACUCCCAGGUACGUGAGGUGCCUCUUUGUCACUAUCUUCGUGCCAAGGAAUUGGAAAUUCACCGAGCUCUUCUUGCGGGAUCCCUUCAGUAUCACGGCUUCCGUCUUCUGUGGGGCAAGUCGCAACUUGUUUGCUGCCAUCCACUCGCUGAUUCUUGCCAACGCUUCGUUCGUGAUGAUUUCCAGCUCCUUGGAAUAGUUAGCCUCCGCUAUGAUUGCCAGAUCGUCAGCGUACGCAAUGCAUUUUAUUCCCUGUGGAAAUGCAAGACCCAGAACUCCAUCAUAAAGCACAUUCCACAGAAGAGGCCCAAGGACUGAGCCUUGAGGAACUCCCGCGCAGAUUUCCCUCGUUUCUCUCUUCGUUAGGAGAAGCUUUCUGUCCGUGUCCUGGAAGUAGCUCUCCACCAAGUUUAUCAGGUAUGCUGAAAUUUCCCUACGUCGGAGUUCCUUAAUAAUUAGGCUCCAAGUUGCCGAGUUAAAGGCAUUUUCUACGUCAACAGUGAUCAGUGCGCACCACUUGCUUUCCGUCUCCGAUACAUUAUCCGCGACUGCUUUGAUUGCCUGGACGGUUGAUCUGCCCUUCCUAAAUCCAUACUGCUCGUUUUACAGGUAAACUUUCGAUUUGAGCUCCUCUUCGAUUCUAAGUUUAAUUAGUCUUUCGAAGAACUUUCCCACUACGCUCAGCAUACAGAUAGGUCUGUGCGAGGAAGGUAGUUCCACUGGUUUUCCCUUCAAUAUAAGAGUCACUGAGGCAAUCUUCGAGAUCCUGGGGAAAUCUUGCGAACUCAGUAGCUGGUUCAGGACGCCUAGUAUCGUCUCCGGCAAUACCUCCAACGCUAUCUUCAGUGCCUCCGGUGGUAUACCGUCACGUCCAGGAGCCUUUCCAAUCUUGAUUUCCAAUGCUGCCUCUUGUAUCUACUCCAGGGUAAACGGUGCAAUCCCUUCGGCGGUUUUCUGUCCUUUCAGCCAGGUAUCGGUUGACUUGGGGAAGAGGUGAUCGAUUAUUUCUGCUUUUUUCGCUGCGGAUAGGUCGAAAGGGAGAGUAUAACCCUUUAUUUGCUUCAUAACAAUAUGGUAAGCAGAGCCCCAAACGUUGUCCUCAAGUUCUUCACACAGCUUCUUAAAAUAACCCCUCUUUGAUGCAGCAAUUCGUUUUUUUAGCUCCUUCCACGCCAUUUUGUACAACUCAUUUACGCCUCUCCAUUCACUCUCACUCAUACUUAGCCUAGCUUGUCCUCUGGUAACUUUUCUCUUGUAUUCAAGACAUGUUCUUCUCUGCUGCUCGAUUUCCACUGUCCACCAGUAGGGUAUUCUCCUUCUUUCCCCCCUAAUCCAGAUAGUGCUCUUCUUCGUGACAACUUCCAAAACAGACAUGAGCUGUUUCACAUUCAUAUUCCUUUUGCAGUUGGAGUGCCUUAGGUUCUCUUCGAAAGCCUUCGCAUCGAAGAGCGGUCUGCUGUCGCCCGAUUUCUGGCCAGUACCUUGCCACCCUACCUCGAAAUAUAUGUGGUUGUGGUAGCUGAGCGUUUCGCCAUGUAGGACUUCCCAGUUUGAAAUUUUAGCAGCUGCCCUUGGAGAAGCACCGGUUACAUCUAUAAAAGAGCGGCUUUCUCCUCUCUGGAAGGUAGGGAGGUCACCCGUAUUGACCACAACUAGGUUCAAUUCUGCCAGCCAUUCUUCCAGGUAUCUACCUCUCUGAUCCGUGAUCGGGGAGCCCCAGAGUGCCGAUUUUGCAUUUAGGUCUCCAGCAAAGAUUACUUCACAUCCACCAUCGCGGAUGUUGCUCAUUACUCUGUCUAUGUAGUUCUUGAAGUCAUUCAUGGGUAUAUUUGGGGAUACGUAACAUCCAAAGAGCUUCAACUUCUCAAAAACUAUGCCGACAUAGCCCUCGCCUAUGUCUACAUUCAGUAUGUUCAAUUUUUUGUUCAGGAUGUUUACCGCGACGACUCCAUUUUUGAGAAACACUGUAGUAGACUAUGAGGAUUAUCCAAACUACUUUGAAUGUCAUAAAACGAGGAAAAUUAACUAACAAGGAUGAUAUUAAUAGUUAAGGCUGCUUUCUAUGCGACAUCCUUUGUACAAGCCCAGUUUACAUAUCUAAGGUCACCUAGAUUCAAUCCAGUUCUUGAAGUUUGUGAUGUAAGCUGCCAGUGUCUUUGUAAGUCUCGUACAAGAGAAAACCUCUAUAGCGACUCAACUGACUCCUUAGAUUUGAUUUAGAAUAAGUAAGAUGACACGUCAAAAACCUAGGUCAAUCUUAUAUGAACCAAACUCAAGCAAUCCACUUUACUAUUACUGUUUAUAGAUGCUCUGUACUCCAACAUCCCCUAACAUUUGUUGGAAAUAACAAUAGCAACGGACAGGGAUAGUGGAGAAUAGAUGAUCCUAAAAAUCCACCAGGAAUUUUUUAUUAAUAUGUAUGUCCAAACAGCUUUUAGUGGACAAAGGGGUGAGACAUUAUGUAGGCUCGAUUAUUGAAAAGGCUUACUCGUAUUGGUGCGUCGAUAGAAUGUUUAAAUCUACAAUUUUUUUGCUUCCUUUAAUGACAAGUUCCAUUGAAAAAAUUCCUUUAUGAUACAAAAUGGAAUAGAUAUUAAAUAUACACGAACAAUUUCAGAUAUUUUAAUGGAUGUUAGAUAGAAAAUGUUUAUGUCAGCAGUAUUAAAUAAUUAUUUUGUAAAUCACUGUGAUUGUCUAAUUAUUAACUCUGUAUGGUUUUAUUUACAGUAUAAUGCCUAUGAAUAAGUUCAUGUGAUUGUAAAAUAUGCAGUGCUUUUGAAAAAGUAUCCCCUAUACCUUUUUUGUGAACGGAUUAAAUUGAUGCUUGCUACUCGUAUAUUUUGACUGACAAAUAACAGUGUGGGUGAAUGCACAAAAACCCUUAUCUUGGACGGCCCAGCAAUUUUAAAAGAGGUAAAUUUAUAUUCUCAGGUCAUGAGGUAUUUUGAAGGAGAUCUACGCCACUUAAAGAAUGUUUUCACUGUCAUCUUAAAGCUUACAACUGCUUUUUUACGCUAAGGAUACAUACAUCAGCUUUAUUACUUUGACUUUCAAGUUGCUAGCUUGACCCUUCAACUUCAGAAAAUGAGGGGGUAACCUUUUUGAAAAGUACUUUAUGCGUAUUAACAAAUAAUUUUAUAAGGUUUUAUUAUAUUUUGGAUAUGCUCGUGAUUAAAUUAUUGCAUGG